AUGUCCAAUUGGGAACAAUAUUUCUGUUCGGACGACGAAGCAGACGCACGAACGAGAGGCCGGGCGUAUUACGUAAAUAGAGAGACGAACGAGACUAGAUGGACGGAACCGGAGCAGUUUCAAACGUUUCAGUUGGAAUUAGACGUGGACUUGUUUGAGAGAGACGGGGUGACCAGAGAAGAGAUUUUGCUGAUUUUGAAGCCUUUGCGGUAUUUGACGCGGUGCGAAAGCGCUCGCGAGUGCAAGGAGUGGGUGGACGCGAGAGACGUUUUAUAUAAGAUUUUGAGGAAUAUCAGCGAACAACCGAACGAAGGGAAGUACAGAAAAUUGACGAAGAAAUCUGGGGGGUCGUUUGUAGAGAAAGUGUGGUCGAAGAGAUUCGCGCGAGAGUGUUUGUUGGCGUGCGGUUUUACGGAAACCGCGGACGCGGUGGAGUUAACGAUGGACACGCAGAAACCAGAAGUGAACGCAAAGUUGUUGACAAAGUGCCGAAUCUUGCUGCAAAGAUUAGAGCCGGCGAUUAAAGCGAGAGAUGCUCACGUUCGCCUGGCGAAAGAGUCGGAGACCGAUUCCGGCGUGAACCGACGCCACCUCGCGCCGAACAAAAAAUGUAGCCACUGCCAAAACGAAAUCGAAUCCGGCGCUCGACGAUUAUGGACGACCGACCCGCUCGCUCCGAAAGGUCAAUACUCCUUCAAAUGUUCUCAAUGUGUGGACAAAAAUUACAUCUUAUGUGAAACGUGUUGGGAUAAGAAAUGCGAACAUCGAGAACCGAUACACGCGGAGCACUCCAGUUUCGAGCACUUACCGCCGAUCGAGAGCAGACACAACACGAGCACGAGAGGUUUUGGACGAGGGCCGUGGGGAAACUUCGCGGCUUCCUCGGUUGGGAACGCGCGGGAACGGUUAAGGCAACGCACCGGGCUUUAG